AUGCUGAAACUUCUAUUUUUCCUCUUUCUCAUAUUAUUCCCAAUAUUUUUACUCGGCCAAAAUCAACUCUCUUGCGCAUUUUGCCUUACUGGCCUUGCUCAGAUUAACGCGAAAAUCCAAUCAACACCGGAUAUGAGAGUUAGUUUAUUUCUUUAAAAAUUCUGGAACUUUUGUGAUUUUUAGGCUCAAAUGGGAAUUCAAAGUUCACAAGGAUGUGAUCAAAUCACAGUUCGUCAAACUCGUCAAACUUGCAGACAAACUCUCAACACUAAUUUUGAUAUUUUCUAUACAAACUUCACCGAUCAAUUCAAUAAUUCACCAGAACAAAUGUGCAAAAAUAUGGGGCUCUGCUGA